AGUGGUUUAUCUUUGCGGGACGCCGGGGACGAGGAAACGCCACCCAAGAUCUGUCCCCGACAGGAUCUCAGGUGCAAGCGUUUCCCGGACGGACCGGACAGGACUGCCAAAAGUGCCCACCAAGGCCGCAGUACAGGUAGCGACCCUCCUGACGCUGAGCGGCCCGCUCCCCUUUGGAAAGGCGAGCAAACCCCAGCUGCAUGGCUCACCGCCAGACAGGCCAUCCCCAGGAGGCGUGGGAGGAGAGGGAGGAACGGGGGUGGGACAGAAAACGCAGGCGCCAGUCGGUUGGGAGGCCUCCGCAGGCGCUCCUUGAGUGAAGGCCUCUCCCUGAGCCUGGUGUCAAUCAGGAUUAGGAAGGAAAUUAGUGUUUCCAGCUCCACAGGCAGUUCCUUGGCUGCAAUCUCGUCCUUCAAUGCAUCUGAAAGGCCAUGAGAAAAAGCAGCCACCAGAGCCUCAUUGUUCCAGUCCACCUCUGCCGCCAGGAUACUACACUUGAUCUUAGCCAAAAGGCCGUGAACCCUGAUGCAUGGACAUGAGCAGCUUAGCAGCCGAGGCGGAGCGAGCCAGCACAUCGAAUACCCUACGGAAGGCGUCGAUAAAACCGGAAAACUAGUGAAUCACCGGGUCACUCCUCUCCCAUAAGGGAUUUGCCAGGGCCAAGGCCUUGUCUGAGAGCAGCGAGAUUAGGAAGCCCACCUUUGUCCUCUCAGUAGGAAAAGCGUGGGGUAUUAACUCAAAAUAAAUGCCCACCUGGUUGAGGAACCCACGACACUGACUCGGCUCACCCCCAAAGUGCUGUGGAAGAGGGGCUGAACCAGUCAUACCUCUGGGCACCGCGGGCACAGCGGCAGCCGCAGUGGUAGGCGCAACAACCGGAGCAGCAGUGGGGGCGACCACCGGAGUGACAACCAGCCUAAUAGCACCAGGAGCAAGGUGCGCGGUGCGUGCAAGCAGAGUCUGCAACGCCUGAGCGAACUGAUCCAACAAGAGAUCCUGUUGAUCAAGUCUGGCGACUAACAUGGGAAGCGAAGGCAUACCUGCACCGCCAGGAUUCAU